AUGAUAGCUUUGAAGACUCGGCUGAAAGAUCUUGAAGGAAAACUAGAAACCAUGACUAAUCUGGAAAGGACUUCAUCUAGUGUUGAGAAUUUGGAAAUGAUACAUUUGAAGGCUCAAAUGAAAGAUCUUGAAAAGAAACUAGAUAUCGUGGCUGAUGCUGUUUGUAAACUUGUUGAGCAGUUCGAGGGGAGUGCAGGAGAUGAGAACAAAAAGCGUAAAACUAAUCUUCAGAAAUCAUCUAGUAUCAACAGUGAUCAGGAAAGUGGCAUUUCAAAAAGUAGAAUUUGA